CCACGCAUUCAGUUCAAGUCUACAUAAUUGGAUUGGUGAAUACUAUCGUUGACAAGACACAAAUAAUGGAGGACACCUCUGAGUACUGCUACCUCGGCUGGGCUCUCGUGUCGCUGGCGCUGCUGCUUGCAACGUUCAGGUGGUGGCGCUUGACGGCCAACAAUGGGUUGCGGCUGCCGCCAGGUCCAUGGCAGCUGCCGUUCAUUGGCAGCCUGCACCACCUGGCCGGGCAGCUUCCUCACCGUGCCCUGCGCGAGCUGGCGCAGCGCCACGGGCCGGUGAUGCUCCUCCGUCUGGGCGAGGUGCCCACGCUGGUGCUGUCGUCCCCGGAGGCAGCCCGCGAGGUGAUGAAGAUCCAGGACCUGGCGUUCGCGACGCGGCCGCUGACGCCCACCAUGAGCGUACUGACCUGCGGCGGGCGAGACAUCAUCUUCGCGCCGUACGGUGAGUACUGGCGCCAACUUCGGAAGAUCGUCGUCACGGAGCUCCUCGUGGCGCGCCGCGUCGCCUCCUUCCGCGCCAUCCGCGAGGAGGAGGUGGCGGCCAUGCUGCGUGAGGUCGGGUCCGCCGCCGCGGCCGGCUGCCAGGUGGAUAUGCGCGCCCGGCUGUCCACGGUGGUCUCCGACACCACGUUCCGCGCCGUCAUGGGCGACCGGUGCAAGCAGCGUGAGCUGUUCCUGCGAGAGCUCGACAACCUCGUUGGGCUCGCGACGGGGUUUAACCCCGUGGACCUGUGGCCGUCGUCAUGGCUCGUGAGACGCUUCAGCGGCACCCUGCGCCGCGCCGAGGAGAACCACGCCCUGGUGUACGGUAUCAUCAGGGGCGUUAUCCAGGACCAUCUCGACAGGAAUAAGCAGGGCGAAGAAGACGAGGACAUGCUUGACGUGCUCCUCAAAAUACACAAGGAUGGUGAGAUCGACAUGGUCGCAGUCGAAGCCGUCAUCUUUAUACAUUUCAAUUUAGACGAAUUUACGAUAUCUUUUUAUGGGAUAGAGGAUCUCUUCGCCGCCGGCAGCGAGACAUCGGCAACAACGUUGGAAUGGGCCAUGGCGUCGCUGGUCAAGAACCCAAGGGUGAUGAAGAAGGUGACGGCCGAGGUGCGCCGAGCCUUCAAGGCCAGCGGCAUGGUGGUCGAGGAUAGGCUCGGAGAGGUGCCGUACCUGCACCUUGUCAUACGGGAGACCCUACGUAUGCACGGCCCGGCGCCGCUGCUGCUCCCACGCGAGUGCCGGGAGCCGUGCAAGGUGAUGGGCUUCGACGUGCCGAAGGGCACGCAGGUGAUCGUCAACGCCUGGGCGCUGGGCCAUGACGGGCGGUGCUGGCCCGACGGAACCGAGGAGUUCCGGCCGGAGCGAUUCCAGGCCGGCGCCGACGCGGCGGCGGUGGAUUUCAGGGGCACCGAUUUCGAGCUCCUGCCGUUCGGCGCCGGCCGGAGGAUGUGCCCUGGGAUGGCGUUCGGCCUUGCCAGCGUGGAGCUCCCGCUGGCCAGCCUGCUGCUCCACUUCGACUGGGAAGCGCCGGACCUGGCUGGGUUCGACAUGACUGAGGCGUUUGGCGUCACCGCACGGCGGAAGGCUGACCUCCUCCUACGCCCUUCCCUCCGCGUGCAUGUGCCAAGCCCCUGACCAGCUGGAGUCCAAGUCCACUAUAUUUUAGCACAUAUAUAUUGUUGCAUGCAUUCUCACUGUAAUUGUGAACACGUCAUUCCCUUGGUUUCGUCGAAGCCACUAGCUAGCCCACAAUAAUACGGAGCUGUAAUAAAUUUGAUUUUCUUAAAAAAAGAAACUUAGUACUUUCUCCGUCCCA